GGUAAAUGAAUUACAGAUGGAAGGAGGAGGAGGAGGAGAGACAGAAAGCUGAGGAUGCAGGUUUUGGUCCAGCACAACGCACAAGCGCGCACAUCAGAAGCGGAGUGAAAUCCAACUCCCAGUGGUCUCCAUCAGCUGGCAACGAGGGAGAUGCGUCCGCAAAGGCUUUGACUCGACCCCCCUUUUGCAUCCUCCUCCUCUUCAUCCUCCUCCUCUUCCUCCUCCUCCUCCUCCUCCCACCAUCGGCGAGGAGCAUCCCGCACACUGAUCGCACUCCGACGGGCAGGCAGGCUGCAGGCAGACGGGGCUGAUUGACACGAGCCAGACACGAUGCGCGGAACAGCUCGACACGGGACAGCCGCGGGAUUUACGGUGCUGCUGAACGCGCUGCUGCCGCCGCUGCUGCUGCUGCUGGCGACGCAGGCUGCAGACGGAGUGUUGACGGACCAUCUCCUGGUCCAGUUGCACGAGGACGCACAGGAUGAGGCGCACCAACUUGCAACACAACAUGGGUUCCAGAGUGCCCGAAAGCUUUCCUUUGGAGAGGGGCUCUUUCACUUCUAUCCUCAGGACUCCUCAGAGAGGCGAAGCAAACGCAGCAUCCGCAGCAGACAGCGGCUCCAAAAAGACCGCAGGGUGAAGAAUGUGUUUGACCAAGACGGCUUCAGUCGUCAGAAGCGAGGCUACAGAGAUCUCAAUGACAUUGAAGUCAACAUGAGCGACCCUCUAUUCACCAAACAGUGGUAUCUGAUAAACACAGGCCAGGCAGACGGAACCCCUGGGCUGGAUCUUAAUGUGGCUGAAGCUUGGCAACUGGGCUACACGGGCAAAGGAGUCACAAUCGCCAUCAUGGACGACGGCAUCGACUUUCUACACCCAGACCUGGCAUCAAAUUAUAACGCCGACGCCAGCUACGACUUCAGCAGCAAUGACCCGUUCCCAUUUCCACGCUACACAGACGACUGGUUCAACAGUCAUGGCACACGAUGUGCGGGAGAGGUGUCUGCUGCAGCCAACAACAACAUCUGCGGCGUGGGAGUCGCCUACAAUUCAAAAGUGGCAGGCAUCAGGAUGCUGGACCAACCCUUCAUGACUGACAUCAUCGAGGCAUCGUCCAUCAGCCACAUGCCGCAGGUUAUUGACAUCUACAGCGCCAGCUGGGGACCAACCGAUGACGGCAAGACGGUGGACGGACCCAGAGAGCUCACGCUGCAGGCUAUGGCUGACGGCGUCAACAAGGGCCGCGGAGGCAAAGGCAGCAUCUACGUGUGGGCAUCGGGAGACGGCGGUAGCUAUGACGACUGCAACUGCGACGGUUAUGCCUCCAGCAUGUGGACCAUCUCCAUCAACUCAGCCAUCAAUGACGGACGCACCGCCCUGUACGAUGAGAGCUGCUCCUCCACGCUGGCCUCCACGUUCAGCAACGGACGCAAGAGGAACCCAGAGGCUGGCGUGGCCACUACAGACCUGUACGGGAACUGCACGCUGCGUCACUCCGGCACAUCGGCAGCAGCUCCGGAGGCAGCCGGUGUAUUCGCUCUGGCUAUUGAGGCUAACCCAGACCUGACAUGGAGAGACAUGCAGCACCUGUCUGUCCUGACCUCCAAGAGGAACCAGCUCCACGACGAGGUCCACCAGUGGAGGAGGAACGGCGUGGGCCUGGAGUUCAACCACCUGUUUGGCUACGGCGUGCUGGACGCUGGGGGGAUGGUGAAAAUGUCCAAGGACUGGAAAACUGUGCCUGAGCGUUUCCACUGUGUAGCUGGAUCCCUUCAGGAUACCCAUAAAAUCCAGUCUGGCAACAAGCUGGUCCUGGCCAUCAACACAGAAGCCUGCCAGGGGAAGGACAACUUUGUCCGCUACCUGGAGCACGUCCAGGCGGUGGUCACCGUCAACGGCACCCGCCGCGGCGACCUCAACCUCAACAUGACCUCGCCCAUGGGCACAAAGUCCAUCCUACUGAGCCGGAGGCCCCGUGACGACGACUCCAAGGUGGGCUUCGACAAGUGGCCCUUCAUGACCACCCACACCUGGGGCGAGGACCCGCGCGGGACCUGGGUCCUGGAGGUGGGCUUCCAAGGCGAGGAGCCACAGCGCGGAGUCAUGAAGGAGUGGACUCUCAUGCUGCACGGAACACAAAGUGCCCCUUACAUAGACCAGAUAGUUCGUGAUUAUCAGUCCAAACUCGCCAUGUCCAAAAAGGAGGAGCUAGAGGAGGAGCUGGAUGAGGCGAUAGACAGAAGUCUGAAGAGCUUGAUGAGUAAAAACAACUGAAAUCCCAUCUGCAUGUCGCCAACUCUCUCUUUUCUCUCCUCUCUUUCUCCCUCUCUGCAAUCUCGCUCUAUCCCUCUCUCUGAAUCUCACAGCAUCCCCUCGGUUCUUCUCAUUCCCUCAUUAUCCUCCCUUUUUGUCUACCUCUCCUCCCCUCUUCACUCCGCUUUUUGUUAUCAAGUGUUUCAAUUAGCCCCCCAGCCUUCGAUGAAUGUUCCAUGUAAUCCAAUCAUGAUAAAAGUGUAACCUUCGAUAAUCUGUUUCGACAUAGAGAAAGCAAAACUAUUAUCAUGUGAAUUUUUACACUCGACAGAAUUGUACAUAAGCUAAAUAAGAUCCACUCUUUCAUGCUCUUGCUUUGACUGCCCUGCACCUCUCUUCUGCCAACUGUUAUACAGUUUGUGACUGUAAAUGAUUUUCUGUGUCAUUCUACUUAAAGUUUAAUAUCUUGCAAACAGAGCAGUGAUACUUCUUUCUGUUUAUAUUUUUGUGACAUGCACUGUUUAUAUAAACAAGGAAAGGAAUGUGUGAUUCAUUUUGCAGCCUGUGGUCCUCAGUUCAUAUUUCAUAAUCUUUGACGUAAACUAUAUAAUAAAUCUAUUCAGCUGUU